AUGAGACCUCUACUUUAUGCAGCCUUCGCAGCGGCUGUCUUUCUUACGUUUGCGCGCCCUGCGCUCGCCCUCAGCCACGUGCCCAAGUGGGUUCACGACAUGAGGGUGCAACGCGUAGCGGAACUGAAAGAGCAAAUUGCAAACGCUUCUGCAGGUUCUGCCAGUAACCUCACCGCCCUGGACUCUGCGGACGUUGCACGCUUAGCGGAAGAGCUUUCGUGCCUUCAGUCAGAAGAAGACAGGCUACAAGAUGACAAACGCUCAGUCGCUCUUUUUGCCACUGUCAUAAUGGUAAUCCUGUUUCUUCUGUUCUUCCUCACAACGAUGGUAACGAUCUUUCUUGGACGUGGGCGCACAACAUCAGAUAUGGUUCCCGUGUUGUGUAGCAUUCUUCAAGGCCAACGAGCCGAUCUGCUCGAUCUCCGUCUUUGA